AUAAUAAUAAUAAUAAUAAUAAAGUAAAGGAGAGAAAAGGCGCAGGCGCCACUUUUCACACGAGUUGGCAGCGCACACACACACAUACACAUACCCAUACUAACAUAAAUUAAUUGGUAUUUGCCGUUAGGCUCCAAACACCUACAUACAACACACAGCUCCUCCAUAUCAACCAAAGAUACAAAAAAAGCCGUCAAAGUGGAUUUAACAAAUUAUAAUAAAAUGCUGCAAUCCAGCAAUCAUCAUUAUUUAAGGCCGGAUUAUAUGACAGCUGCAACGCCACCAACAGCGCUGGACAACAAAAGCAGUCCAUUGGCGCUAUUGGCGCAAACAUGCAGCGCUAUUGGUGCGGACACUGCAAAUCCCAAAUUGCUGGCGGCAAACAUUGAAAAGGCCACAAAGCAAAUGCAGCCCAAGGGCGGCGGGAGCAACAACAACAGCAGCAGCAGCAACAACUUGGCAUUUGGUUUGGUGGCAACAUCAACAGCAGAAAACGGACGCGAUAAAUCCUCACCGGUUAGUAGUCAUUCAUCCAGCGUUAGCACUGGCUCGGUGGAACAGCAACAAUUGCCGCCGGCGCACAGUAAAACACCCAGCACCUUUAAGCCAUACGAACCCAAUAACAACAACAACAGCAGUAGCAACAGCAAUAACAACAACAACAACGAUUGCGGCGCCACAAAUCUCACAAGCAAUAACAGCCAACGGGUAAAGACUCCCAAAUCGAAUGGACAACGCUGCGACUCGAACCAAAGUGCCAGCUCACAGCGAGAAUCGCCCAGACGUACACCCACCUCAUCCACUCUAUCCACCUCAGCGGCAACAACAGGAACAGGAGCAGGAGCAAUGGGUGUCUCUGCUCAACUUAAUGGCAGUCCUGGCCUGCCUGCAUCAGCGUCCACACCAGGACGCAGCAAUUCCAAAGAGUCAGCUGCAAUGCAUAGUCCAAGUGCAGCAGCAGCAGCAGCCGCCGCAGCAGCAGCUGCUGCAGUCAGUUCAAAUCGCCUGCAGGAGGCCGCCGCACUGCAAGCAGCAAAGGAGGCUAGCUAUGUGAAGGCUUUGCAUGCGGCCAGCCAGCAAGGACCCCCCGCGACUGCAGCGGCAUCCUAUUAUCCACCAGGUUAUGGUAGCCCUUAUCCCAUGGAUCUGAUGACGGCCAGUUCGCUAAUGUCGCCACAUCAUGCCAUGUUCAAAGCGUCGGCCAUGAAUCCAUAUUUAAAUUAUGCCCGCCUCAAGGGCCUGACGGAUCAAACGAUGAUGGCAGCACAACCAAAUAUAUGCCGUGACCCAUAUUGCACCGGCUGUCCGGCCAGUCCGCACUAUAUAAACAAGGCAUCGGGCCAACCAUGUCCAGCUGGUUGUCCGCAGUGUGAAAUGGCUGGCGGUGGUGCUGGACGUGGUGGAGGUGGCGGAGGAGGUGAAGGAGUCAAAUCAAGUGGCUCACAAGGCUCAGCAGGUGGCGGUGGCGGUGGCGGUGGCUCUUCAUCGAGCAGUGCAGCUGCGGCAGCGGCUGCUGCCUCAUAUCAUGCCCAAUUGGCAGCUCUGGCGGCUGCAUCGCAAAUGCCCUACGUUUGCUCAUGGAUUGGCAGCGAUGCGGCCUAUUGUGGCAAGCGAUUCGGUACCUCCGAUGAUCUAUUCCAACAUCUGCGCACACACACAGCCUCGGUGCCCGAUGCAGUGUUAAGUGCUGCGGCCGCUGGUGGCAUACCACCAAAUCAUCCGCUAUUCCAGCGUACAUAUCCCACACCUCCGUUAAGUCCAUUGUCGGCGGCAGCGCGAUAUCAUCCGUAUGGCAAGCCAUCAAUGUUGCCGCCAUCUUUGGCGCCACCCGGCCUGCCCGGUCUACCGCCGCAUCCUGCUUUGGCUCAAUACUUUGCUCCAUAUUCAUUAUAUGGCCCACGGAUGGGCUCAUCCCAUCCAUAGUAGUGGUAGUCAGGUAGUGAGUUUAAGCACAUUUCAGUCAAAAACCAGUAACAAAAACAAAACAACAAACAACUACAUGAAAAAUUGUAAUUUCUCACUCGUGAAACGAAAAGCUAGUGAUCUAAUGUACUUUAGUUACAUACAAAUGUUUACAGUUUAGCUUUUAGAUCUGUACUAUCUAUAUACUAAAAUACAUAUAUAUAUAUAUAUCUAAAUCGGAAUUACAAUAGCUCGAUUCCAAGGCUAAAUGCAAUGCAUAAUUGCAUCAUUUUUUGUGUGUGAAUGUUUGUAAUUUAAUGCUUAUGGUAAUUUUAAUAUUAUUUAUUACAUUGAAAUACAACAAAAUGAGAAAAUAAAUGAGAGAUAAAGAAGAGAAAAUCGAUAAGAUGAAUAGU